UGUAUUCAUCACAUAUGCAAAAGUUCAACACAUACAGAAUAGGGCCAUGUAACCACUCGUAGCAAUCGACAAUGAGUUAUCAUGUGUUUUUCUUUUUAGUGUUUGUCAUUAGUAAAAUUAGCCUUGUAGUCACUGAAGUUACUUGCGACACAAAUUGGUUUGGUCCGAAAUGUCAAUUGAAGUGUCAGUGUCGAGACGGUUGUGACCCACAAGGCCAGUGCUUGGGGACGAAGAAAUGCUACUCAGACUGGAUAGACUAUGCUUGCCAAUAUAAACUUAUUGGGUAUUCAAUUAAAACUCCCAAGGAUAGUAAUGUUGAUAACGCUUAUCUGUGGCAAGAUGGAGACGACUCCACCUGUAUUUACAAUAACGCCAUUCAGUCUAUUCUACUCUACUGGAGUUUAAACAGUUAUUUUGGCUGGAUACGAUUAGUUGUCAGCGAUGCAGCUUUAGUGGACAGAUUCAUGCUGUACUUUGAAGACACUUCUGAUACUUUUACGAAACGUCUGGAAUGCUGGCGACAACAGUUUACCAUCGUCAACAACAGGACAGUCUACAUACGUUGUGACAUGAACUACCCUGUAAAUCGUAUCGUCUUAAAAGGAGAAGGUCUAACUUCACUUUGCACUAUUCAAGUCAGCAAAGGUCGAAAUUUGGCGUUAAAGCAAAAGGCUGAUCAAUCAUCUACUAAUGGAACCAAUUUUGCAAGCCACGCUGUAGAUGGGAACACAGAUAGUUAUUUGGACGGAGGAAGCUGCACUUUGACUAAUAAUGUCACUGAUCAAUUACCGACCUGGACUUUAACAUUAGAAGACCCUGUUGUUGUCAAUUUUUUUGAGAUUUACCCUGCUAAUUAUCCCCUGAGAAAUUAUAUUUAUUACUCAAUUUUGCAAACAUUUGACAAAAGUGAUGCUCCUUUAUUAAAUGUGACAAACCGGUAUGACACUGUUUUUCCAAAUAUCAAUAAAACUCCUGUCAAGAAAGUCUUAAUAAGGGCAACAAAUACUACGUCUACUACACCUUUGUUAUCUAUUUGUGAACUCAUGGUCUUUGGAGAAUGUCCACCAGGAAAGUGGGGACUGGACUGUAGGAAAGUCUGUAAUGACCUCUGUCCAGAAAAUUGCAAUGAGAUAGACGGCUCGUGUCCUACAAGUUGUCUGGGAUACUUUCCACCAAAGUGUAAACAAGAAUGUCCUCCGAACAAAUGGGGAUUGAACUGUAGAGAAAACUGCCGCGAAGCAUGUGCCUCUAGCUAUUGCAAUAACAUUGAUGGACAGUGUACCGCGGGCUGUAACGGAUACUCGGACCCACCUUUUUGUACUCAAGCCUGCCUUCCUGGCUAUUACGGACUGAAUUGUCUCAGUUACACAUCAUCCCAAAACCAAGGGAGCGAAUCCAAUUCAUGCCAAAGUUUGUCGUGUGAAGAGUUACAGUCUCAUUGUGUACUCGAAAAGGACAAGUUUGCUUUCAGUGUUCCUAAUUUCUUUAUUGGAUUGGUGACUGGAGUAGUAGCUGUGUUAAUCAUUGUCACUUUGAUUGUACUUUACAGAAAGACUUGCCUAAAAAGAAAACCGAUUCCAAAAACCGCAGAGGAUGUUUACGAGGACAUAGCAACUGAAAAUGUCACCAGUGACUCAAAAAGUCAAGCAAACAAUACGUAUGAUCGUCCUAAGCCCAGGACAGAAGUUGAACCAGUGAAAAGAAACAUGGCAUCCUAUGACGACAUUAGUCUUAAAAGAAACGACGUUACGCCAGCAGAGUAUUUCAACGUCGUGGACGUUAUACAGAAACAAUAAGCAUAGAUCUACAUAUACAAGGCAUUUGUAGGUUUCUAUUGUUUCGUAAUGCAAUACUUAGUACUAUCAGAAAAAAACAGAUAUAUUUUCAAGUAUCAAUACAAACUACUAAUCAUCAUUUAUUACAAAGCUUACAUCAACUCACUCUGUCUGUCUGGUAAGAAAGUUUGUACAUGUUAUUUCUCCCACACCCAAUCUCGAAUCAAGCUGAAAUUUUUGCACAAUUAUUUCUUUUACCUGACAACACAAGAAUCAAUAUAAAAAAAAAUAAUUAGUUAAUUAGCUAUUUGUAGUAAAUUAAUAAUUGAAUGAAGUGGUGGUAUACGCUGAAUUGGUUCCCUUUACAUAUUGUCGUUCGAGGCUUAUUACAACUUGAAUUAUUGAUCCAAACUAAUUGAUACACUUAAUAUAACUUUUUUUUUUUUUUAAAGUAUAUUUUGUUUUUGUUUGUUAAUACUAUUAUUAUUGUUAGUUUAUCCUUUUUACUUUUUAUUUUUUUCGAAAUAAAUUACAUUUUACCUUGUCCCUCUUUCCCAUUCUAUCACAGUUUUUCUUUAUUUGCCUGUAUCCCACCACGCUCUCUCUCUCUCUCUUUCUGUCACUUUGUUACUCUCUCAUAUUUUUUUUUCUUUUACUUAAUGUCUUUUUAUUAUUUUUUUUUACAACCUGUUUGAUUCCCUUGACUUACCUGUUAGAGGCUCCAAUAUUGAAUAUUCUUUGUUAUCAUUACUGUUAUACACAUUUAGUUCGCUAUUCUAUGAUAUUGUUAUCAGUUUAUAAAGAAACGUUUGAUUGUUUCAUAUACACAUUUGUGAUGCCUUUUCAGACAAGAAAUAUACUUGUAUUUUUUUAUUUAAACAAUACAACUUGAUCUAUUGCACUCCUGUCUUUAUUAGAUUUACUAAGAGGAUAGUAAAUCUAGAUCUAUUUACACUCUCUCGCUCAUUAUUUAUAUAUUUCUUUUUUUUUUUCAUCUCGACUCAAAUCAGCUGAAAUUUAAACUAAAUUCUACCUAAUUCCCUAUCUCACUAUAACUCAAUUUUUACAAAGCUUAUAUCAACUCACUCUGUCUGUCUGGUAAAAAAGUUUGUACAAGUUAUUUCUCCCACACCCAAUCUCGGAUCAAGCUGAAACUUUGCAGAAUUAUUUCUUUUACCUGACAACACAUGAAUCAAUUUUAAAUUAACUAAUUAUUUAAUUCAUUAUUGAUAAUUAAUUAUAUUGUUUUGUAUCACGAACAAGGGAAAGAAAUAGUACUUGACUGAAGUGGUGGUAUAAACUGAAUUUGUCUCCUUUAUAGGUCGUCCUCUGAAACUUAGUGAACACAAACAGGAAAUAGAAACAAUAGAUAACUAUACUGUCUUGCAUGUUCAAACUCUCUUUGCUAGCAGAGUGGUUACCGUGUUGGCUUGAGAACGCUUUAGCAAAGGAGUUCCAAUUCAAUCGUUUACCCUUUUUUUUUAUAAAUACAUUUAAAAAAACGAUCACCCAGAUGCCCCGUUCUUCCCCCCCCCCACCCCCACCCUUUCUAACUUGUCCAGACAAGUGAUAGGAUCAUAGCGUAUUGAGAAAGCUAAAAGUAUGAAAUUGUGCUACACAAAAACAAUCGGUAAAAAUAUUUCUAAUCACACAAGAUUAAUUAUGUUUAGUCUAGAUCUAUUUAAAAACCUAAUCCCAAGGCUGAUCCAAGCUAAUUGAUACACUAAAUAUAAGCUUUGUUUGUUUUUUCAAAUUUUUUUAUUGUAUUUUUUUUAAUGUUUUGCUUGUUAUUAACUGACCUUCAACUUCAACAGAAUUUCUCUCUCUUUCUCUCUAUCUCUUUUUCUCUCUAUCUCUCUGUCUUACUAACUUUCUUCUGACCUUGAACUAUAAAUAAAAAGCACACUUUGGACUUCUUACAAAAAUGGUACAAAACAAAAAAUAAAAAUAUUCUGACCUCAAGGCUAAGAACAUUCAAGUCAGUUACAGUUUCCACGCCAGGAGUGUUAUGAGUUCAGUACAACAGAUUACCGGCUUUUUCCAAAUAAUUUCAUGUCUGCUCUAAAAUCUUGAAAAUCCACAUCCCAGUGUCUUACCUAGAUUCAAACACCCAGACACAAUAUUUCUGAUACCAAGAGCGCUACCAUUCGAAAAUCACUUCAACCAUUAAGUGGUAAUUUAUCGCUAUUAAAAUGAAAAGAAAACGCAUGUAAUAGUCUCAGAUAAGUGAGAAAUAUAUUAGUGUGAUAACUAGAACAAUCUAGUGUAGUAAUUUAAUGUAACAAUUUUUUGUUAACAUUUAAAGCUUUAGUACACUGAAUGACGAAAAUAACUACGCCAAGACUACAGGUCAAGACACAGAAGAUUGUCAUUACACAAUCUCAUUAGAGCUUGCAAAAAUAAACAAACACUAGGGGUGGCUGAGCGGUAAAGCGCUUUCCUUCCGAACCGAAGGUCCC